GCUUGCGGGACUCAAGUAGCUAGAACUACUCCCAUGGCUCCCCAAAAGAUUGGUAGCGUUAUUUUCUUUGUGAUAUUAAGUUUAGGCAUUUGUUCUGCCACUAGAGCCCUCUUCACUAGUAAAGAAUUAUUAGGAGGCAAGAUUAAUGUUGCUAUAGGAGGGUAUGGUGGUGGUAGUGGAGAAGGCGGUGGUGCUGGAUAUGGCACUGCUGGUGGAGGACAUGGCGGGGGCGGAGGUGGAGGUAGCGGUGGUGGCGGUGCUGCGGCUGCUGGGGGUGCAGGGUACGGAAGUGGGACGGGUGAAGGAGGAGGUGCAGGGUAUGGUGCUGGUGGAGAACAUGGGGGUGGAUAUGGCGGUGGUGGUGGUGGAGGUAGUGGCGGCGGAGGUGGUGGCGGUAUAGGUUCUGGAGCAGGUGGUGGUGAAGGAGGGGGUGCUGGCAGUGGGUAUGGUGCUGGGGGAGGAGCAGCAGGUGGUGGCCAUGGAGGAGGAGGAGGUGGUGGGAGUGGUGGCGGUGGAGGUGGUGGAGAAGGUGCUGGGGGAGCACAUGGAGGUGGAUAUGGCAAUGGUGGAGGAGCCGGUAGUGGAGCUGGUGGAGGUUACGGUGGUGCUGGUGCUGGUGGCGGGGGGGGGGGGGGCUCUGGUGGUGGAGGUGGAUCGGGUGGUGGAGGCGCACAUGGUGGUGGGGCCGGCUAUGGAGGCGGUGCUGGGGGCGGUGAAGGUGGUGGUCACGGUGGCUAUGCGCCUUGAAAACACCCACUGUUUCACUCUAUGGAACACUUCUAUUUACCAAUAAGUAUUAUGAAAAAUAAAUUUGACUGCGGUAAGAAGAUGGGUUAUAUUAUAAAUACAACGAAUGUAAAAAAGCCAAAGGCAUGCUAUCCGAGUCUGUAUCAAUUGAAACAGAUCGAAUGCUAUAAUUGCAUCAGUUCAUAAACGGACAUGCAAUAUUGAUGGUCCAUAUUAAUAUGGAUAUGAAAAUUACUUCUCAUUGAGAUUUUA